UCCCUAAAAGUAGAUUUACCAAAUCUGUCUGUAUUAGUAUAUCUCAGAACAGGGAACUAACUGCUAUUGUUCACCAGCUUUUAUAAAUAGUGUUCCUGAAAAAAAACGGAAUUUCACAGAGAAACAGGAAGGAAAUGCCCAAUUCUUUAAACUUAUCUCUUCUUCAGUAAGGUGGCAGAGCCGUUUCUAAAAACCUCUCAUUUAGCUGCAGAAUACUUUUACCGUCUCAGAGAGUGUGACAUGCACAGAAUAACAACCAGCAUGGAGAAUAAUACAGAAGAGGACAAGAAGAAGAUUGCACAGAGGAAGUACCACUUUCACUGAUGCCCCUGGAGUGCACGAUCCAAUUGUGGCUACCUCCAGUAAAAGACUGUUCGGGCUGCAGAGAGGAGCAGGAGUUACAGCAUAAAGCUACCAUGUUUGUUUCCAAGGUCCUACAAUGUACUUUUCUGAUCGAGAUUCUGUGUUUCGGUUAUGAAUAAUGUUCCAGCAGACAGGAUGCUGGGGAAGGUGUGGCCAACACAAAACUCCACUGGAGCAUUGAGCAGUCUAGAGCGUCAGAAAACACACCUGAAAAGUCUUUGUCUGCAAUAUCUGCUGUAUCUUCUUCUUCUGAACAGACAUUUCUUUUGCCUUAUAAAGAAUGAGAUGGGAGUAAUCAUCUUCCUAUGUGCUUAUGUACCCAAGGCAGCAGCAGGUCAUUGCAAGUGGGCAGAAGUCCUGAUGGAUUUGGAGCAGAUAAAGACAUCCAAAGACAUUGAUGUCAGUUUAUAUACUGCAAAUACAGAUGAAGAUAAAGAAUGCCAAGGACCAGUAAUGAGAUGUUUUUUCUUAGAGACAAAAGUGAUUCUUCAAGAAUGUCUUAUCACAAAUUGUAGUAAAAGACAGGAUGUACUGAACAUAUGGAAAAGGGGAAAUGCAAGCUUAGAAAAGAACAAGUUCAACUCCACCACAACAGCAAAAUGCAAGGAAUGUGAAGAGUACGAAGAAAAAAAUUUUACUGAAUUUAUACAGAGUUUUGUAAAGGUUAUACAGAAGGAAUGCAAACACUGACCAAAAUAUACAAGCUGGGAACUAAGAUUCUGCCACGAACAUUCUCAGAGAAUUAGAUUAUUACCAACAAUAAACUGUAAAGAACAUAAUUUAGAAUCCUACUUACAUAGCAUCAUACAUAAAGAAUAAUAAAAUCCCUGUAAUUCACAAUGUAUUCAUAACCGAAUGCACACAAAUUCUAUUACUUCUGAAAUAUAAAUGAAGGGAAUAAAGCUUUUUCUUGACUUAA